CUUCUCUUCGAGCUCUGUGUGACUGAGUGGCGGUUGAACACAGUCACAGAGCACAUUUUCAAAACAAGAACGAAUACUGCUGGAUGACAGAACAUCACACCAACAACACACACUGAAGAAAACCACUUGCAGUGGUGUCUGCUCAACGAAAUAAUACAGACACUGACUUGGCAACACAUGACUGAGGACCUGGCUGGAGUCAAGACAGAGGGAUAAUUUGUAAGAGGCGGGCUGACUCCUAUGCAACCAUGCUGAAAUCUUUCAACCUCUUGAAGCAGCUUGGCUCUGUGGGGAAGUCACAGGAUGCCACAGAUCUUCUCACAGAAGAUCUGGUUAUGGUGGAGCAGCGGGUGGAGCCAGCCAAGAAGGCAGCACAGGUUAUUCACAAGAAGCUGCUGGGUUGUCUGCAGAGUCAACUAGGGCUGGACACAGAGAGAAGAAUGAAAAAACUCCCUCUCAUGCUGCUCUCUGUUAGCAUGGCUGAGAGCUUUAAAGACUUUGAUCCAGACUCUUCUAUCAGGAAAGUAUUGGAGAUGUGUUGCUUCAUGGAGAGUCAUCUGGCCGCAACACUGUCUGACUUUGAGCUGAAGCUGGAGAAGGAGGUUUUGGAGCCUCUCAAUAAACUCAGUGAGGAAGACCUUCCAGAGAUUCUCAAAAACAAGAAGCAGUUUGCCAAACUCACAAUGGACUGGCACAAUGCACGCAACAAGUCCCAGGCUAGUACGGGACCUCAGGCAAAGCAGGAUGGGCUGAAAGAGGAGGUGGAGGAGGCCUGGAGGAAACUGGAGAGCAUCAAGGACCAAUACUCUGCAGAUCUGUAUCACUUUGCCACUAAAGAAGAUGACUAUGCCAACUACUUCAUUCGUCUGCUGGAACUACAAGCAGAACAUCAUAAGAAUUCCCAUGACUUCCUCGAACGAAACAUCAGUGAGCUGAAAGACAGUCAAACAGACUCCCAGGAGAAUAACUAUAAGGGGAAGGUUUACGGGGAGCCCCUGCUGACUCAUCUGUACAACAGCGGUAGGGAGAUCGCUGUUCCCAUCCAGGAGUGUGUUCACAUGCUGCUGCACACCGGCAUGAGAGAGGAGGGUCUGUUUCGUCUGGCAGCAGCAGCCUCGGUAGUGAAGAGACUGAAGAGCAGUCUGGAUGGAGGGGUCGUGAACCACAGUGAAUUCACUGACCCUCAUGCAGUUGCAGGGGCUUUGAAAAGCUACCUGAGAGAGCUGCCUGAACCACUCAUGACCUUUGAACUCUACAAUGAUUGGUUUCAAGCAGCAGGGGAGAAAGAAUUGACAGACAAACUUGAGCAGUUUAAAAUUGUGCUGAAGAAGUUACCAUCAGAAAACUACAACAACCUCCGGUACCUGGUACAGUUCCUGUCGUGCCUGUCAGAGCAGCAGUCGGUUAACAGGAUGAGUCCCAGUAACAUUGCCAUAGUACUGGGUCCCAACCUGCUGUGGCCUCGCAUUGAGGGGGAGGCAGCGCUGUUGGACAUGGCAUCUGCCUCCUCCGUCCAGGUGGUGGCGGUGGUUGAGCCUCUCAUACAACACUCCAGCAGCCUGUUUCAUGAAGAGGUGGACUUUGAGAUUCCUGAGUUUCCUGGGGUCCCAGAUUUGAAAAUGUUAGAACCUCAAACUUCAGAGUCGGGGAAAGAGAACCUUGCCAGAAUGACCUCCUCCUCUUCAUCAUGCGCUUCCUCUUCCUCUUCUCAUGCUUCUCUCUGUAAAACAAUCAGCUCAGCAUCUCAGGACAGUGGAGGUUUUUUCAUCAUUAAGUCAGGCUCCAUUGGUCGUAGAACCACCACCUGGGGGAACCCUGCCUCAGACCCACCAUGCUCAACCCCACUUAACCGUACCCCAGUCCAUACCCAGAGCCCGUCCCCUGUCCCAAGCCCGACACUGGUCCACAACCCAUCCCCACUACCCAGCCCCAAACUGGCACCUGGCCCAACCCUGGUUCCCUCCCCACCACCAGUGUCUGUCUGCAGUCCGACCCAGAAGCAGAGCCCUGAAUCGGGCUCACUAGAACCCAUCCUAGAGGCCCCACCGGACUCCCCCAGAGCUACACUGAAGAUCACCUCACCAUACAAACCGAGAAAAUCCUUCCUUCAACACAUGCCGCCCAUCCAGAGUAAAGAGCAGGUGGCCGUUACAUACUCCAAACCCAGGGCCCCAGCACCUCUAGCACCAGCAGAGACACCCAAAACCCAGCUACAACCUGCACCCAAGCCCCUUGCUCCAGUCCUGAAGAAGACCCUAAGCAAAAAGGGUGCAAUUAGGCCACCCCAAAUCCCACCUCCCAAGCCCCCAGUACUGGAAAGCAAACAGGUGACCUCUAUAGCGCAGUGAGGGGGUAGAGAUACACUAUAUACUGUAUACAAAAGUAUGUGAACCCCUUCAAAUUAGUGGAUUUGGAUAUUUCAGCCACACCCAUUUGUUUAUGUGUAACUCUGUGUUGUUUUUGUUGCACUGCUUUGCUUUAUCUUGGCCAGGUCGCAGUUGUAAAUGAGAACUUGUUCUCAACUGGCCUACCUGGUUAAAUAAAGGUGAAAUCAAAUAAAAAUACUGACAGGGUGUAUACAAUCAGGCACACAGCCAUGCAAUCUCCAUUGUCAAACAUUGUCAGUAAAAUGGCCUUACUGAAGAGCUCAGUGACUUUCAACAUGGCCUCGGAUUCCACCUUUUCAACAAGCCAGUUCAUCAAAUUUCUGCCCUGCUAGAGCUGCCCGGUCAACUGUAAGUGAUGUUAUUGCGAAGUGGAAACGUCUAGGAGCAACAACGGCUCAGCCACGAAUUGGUAGGCCACACAAGCUCACAGAAUGUGACCGCUGAGUGCGGAAGCACGUAAGGCGUCAAAAUCGUCUGUCCUUGGUUGCAACACUCACUACAGAGUUACAAACUGCCUCUGGAAGCAACGUCAGCACAAUAACUGAUUGUCGGGAGCUUCAUGAAAUGGGUUUCAAUGGCCGAGCAGCCA